AUGCGGCAAAGGGCAAUUUCGAGAUUAUGGUCCGGGCAGGACCUUUUUGGCAUUCUUCUCGAGGCCGGGGGACAAAUCGGGGAAGCAGAGGAGCUUGGCAGCGGAGCAAUACGCUGGGUGCUGAGUGGCGAGAGCGUUUUGGGUGGCGAACUUGGCGAAAGUGGCGGACUAGACGACGUUCAUGGGGGAAGCCUUGGUGAGUAG